GUGUUUAAAAUGAUUCAAAUAUUUGAUUCUCCAAUGUUGAAUAGUUAUAUCUUUUUAAAAGAUAUAAUUCAAGAUGUUCUUGAUUCGUACAAGAAAAUUAAAUCCAUAGAUUUAUACUCUAUAAGAGUCAACACAUUAAAUUUAAGUGCAAUCUUGUGGAAAAGCAAGGAAACAGUUGUAAACUUGUGCUGCAAAAAACUUCAAGAUGAAAUAAGAAAUCAAAUUAAGAUAAAGUUUGGCAAUGAUGUAAAUGAACGUUUUAGUAUUGUAGUUGUUAUCAAAGAUUCGAAAUUCUAUGAAUUUUCGUUCUCAAGAGGACCAACGUCUAGUUUAGUUUUAAAGAAUGCUCUUGAGCAACCUUUCAAGUUUGGAAAAAUGGAGGUUUCAAAAUUAAAUUUUACAGUAGAUCCAGGUUACCCCAAUGAUUCCGACUUGAACUAUUUGAGGCUUCAAUGUACUAAGAAUAUUUGUGAAAACGUAGCUAAUGUUUUUGAAUAUUCAUCAACGGCUUCUAACUCAAUCCAUUGUUAUUUAUUAUGCAUGACUAGCAAUCCGCAGCUAUGUAAUAAACCAGGAAAAGUUUGUAAACCUAUUUUAUGUGCAAGUGUAGUAGAUAAAAUUACAAAAAAAAAAGUAAAAUGUUUGAAGCAAAAAGAAUAUUUGUCAAGAAAAUGUAAUAAAAUUCAUGAGGUAUCUAAUAUAAGAUACACAUCAACUCAACAUAAAGCUUUGACUGAAAAAGAUGUUGAAAGAAUUGCCUCAGCUUCAACGUCUUAUGAUCUUACAGCAACUACCCUUAAAAAUCCAGUAAAAGUUAACAUUGCCUCAUCAGAGGAUGAUAGCUCUAUAGAUGACAUUACAAUGAUUCUGUAUAAUUUAGAACGAAUGGCAGCUAUUUGUAUGAAAUAUCAUGAAUAUCUUAAGGAUUCAAUUAUUCCUGAUUUACUUCCAUUUGAAAGUAUAGAUGAAAUGGAUAUAUUAGAUGAUGAAUGGGAUCUCAUUUGUAAUUAUAUUUGGAUGUAUCCUUAUGUAGUAAGGAGCGUUAUUAAGAUUGAACCAGAGCCAGAUUUUAAUAUAGCUGUGCUGUGGAGAUUUGUGAUAAAUUUAUGUCAUAAAUUUAGUAAAUUUUAUAGAAAUCAUAGAAUUCUUAUGCUGAAUACUUCAAAUGAUCGAGUAACCAAACAAAUAACAUUAAGGAUUUACAUAUUGAAAGGUUUAGUGAAAGUAUUGAAACAUGCAUUAGACUUGCUGGGAGUUAAUGAGACCCAAGUAUAGUUCAUUAAGACUACAUUUUACCAAUGUACAUAAAAUACGUAUUAAAUGAAUGUGAUUUGUAUAUAAUAUACAGAAGGUUUUCUAUAAAAUCGAGAAAUCUCUAUUAUAAGGAA